AGUAAAAAUUCACAAAAAUGGCAUCUUAAGGUUGUUCGUUGCUCAAAUCCAACCUAUGUUUGCAGGAUGCACAAGGCAGAAUCAGUGUUAAAACUUGUCCUAUAGUGCUGGACAGGGGAAGUCUUAACUUGUCGGAUCGCUUGGCCAGGCUUUGAAGGCAUGGAGCUGCUUGAGGGAUUUUCAAAAGCAUUUAAGCAGCUUUUUGCCAAAUUCUAGUAAGCAUCAAGCUUUAUCUUGCGUUUGAACACCCUGUUGAAUUUGGAGCGCUGAUUCUAAGCUAAACUCGAAAUGAGACCUGCUCCUGCACAGUGGGAGGUGGAAGUACUGGUGGUAGAAAUAGGUCGGUGCCCACACGCCCGUCGGUGCGCCGGGUGAGCGCUGGUAACUCGAGGGUCCUGCCCAUCCCUGGGGCUGCUGCUGGAAGCUGAAGGCUCCGCUGCUUUUAGGGCAGAAGUGUGAAAUGCUGACCUUCAAUUCAUUAAAGCUAGGGCUUAUCGAUGCCGAGUAUGUACAGCAUUGUUUUUAAGUAGUAAGUUUAGAUAUGACGCUCUGCUGUAAUUCCAAAUUGCAUGUUAAGUCAGCUUAUUUAUUUAACGUACUUAAAAUUUCUGUUCAUCCUAUUCCUAUUACUGCCAAAUAUUACUGAGUAUAUGACGGGUUCCUCUGCAGCUGUCCAAUGCACAUAAGGCCAAAAUUGCUCUCUCAGAUCUGGGGUUUAGAGGUAACGUUUUGCUGUGUUUGAUUCAAUAAAGUAAGGCAGAAGACUGCUAUAGGCGCUCAAAGCCUUUGUACUUUAAAUGUAGUUUGCUUGAAAUUCAUUUGUAUAUUAACAAUAUCUGCAGUUUUUAGGUAGCAAAGGGAAUUGGAUGCUCAGUUACGAAUCCUGCUUGCUGCCAACUUUCCUGUUUUGGGAAGGGGUGCCCCCGGAGCUGCCUCCGGUGUUUAACAGCGCGAUCCGUUCACAACCCUAAAACCUUAGCUCGUCAGGUGAGGGUGUCCUGGUGAGGCAGAUGGGCGAGGCAGAGAGGCAGAGCAUUGUGCCAGCUGUGGCAGUCCCAGACCGUGGCUGUCACCUGAACAGCAGGCUGACACCCGAGAAAAAGCUAUUAAAAGAAACGAGGUAAUUUCGCUGCGGGUUUCCAAAAAUGGAUCGGAUCUCCUUCGAUUAGCUGCGUGCGGCCGAAGCGUGCGUUUUGCCUUGCAGCAGCCACUGCGUGGCCUCAGAGGUCGGGACUCAGAGUCUUGGUGUAGCAGUGGUGAGCAGGUUUACGCUACCUCUAAACCACUGCGUGGCCCUUCUAACGUCCAUCGAGUCCUAGAGGUAUCUUUAGCGCUGAUAUUGGCUUUUUUUCUUCGUAAUUCCAACAUGUCUCUGGCCUGUAAAACCAAGCUGACUCUAGAAGUGGUACUUACAGGUGGAGCUUCUCUUGGCACAGUCGUAUCCUGCCAGCUCUCAGGGCAGAACGUUGCCAGCAAACGUGGGUGAGGUUUUAUUUUCACUCGAGUGUUUUGCUGCUCUAAUUGUGCUGCCGUUGUGAUCUCAAGUUCUCCCUAAUGGGAGAAAGGAAAGGAGAGACUUAGAAAUAAAUUCUGGUAGCAGCUAUAAUGGUUGUGCCGGAGAUGUACAGUGGCAUGCUACAUGAGUUAAUUUCUGCCUUACCUUGCUGUCAGGUGCUUCGUUAUAACCUCGCUUUUCUGUGUGGCAAGAGAACCUGAGACUUCUCUGCGGACUGAAAGAUUUUGUGUGCUGGCAGAUUGCUCAGAUCUUUGGUCUCACCUGCUCCGUAUUCAGCUGUCGCACUCUUCCCAGCAGUGUUGGGUGCGGUUCCAUCCUCACAUCUGUUUUCCGAAAUCAACCACCCCCUCCCAGGCGCGGAGGGGUUGGGCGUUUGGAAAGAGUUUUAGACAGCUACAGAAAACUACAGUGGAACUUGGUAUGCAGGGGCUAAACCACAGGUGGCUACAAAACUGCAUCAAAGGACAACUUGAACUUCGUAGCCCCGAGAGCCACAAAGAGCCUUCUCGUCAGCUGUCUCUUCGUGUGACUUGGUCUAAGUGUUUUUCCCAUGUGGGCAGUAGUUCGUGAAUAUCUAAGUUCUUAAUUGUUAAAGCAGGUGUUCUUCUUCCCUGCAGGUACCCACUACAACCUUUUCCAGUUUCUUGAGAGCUACGUGCAAACCAAACCUAUCUUCAAGUGUUCCCAAGAGACAAAGGCGCCUAGCCUGCAUCCUGCCUGCAGCCCACGGAGACUGCCGGCUGCAGAAGGAGCAGUGAUCGUGUCGCCUGCUUGUGAUUACAGACAGCGUGAAUGACAGAGGAGGUGCCUCCGACUGCACUUUCCGACGUAAACCUGCGUCUUCUCUGCCACGAUGACAUAGACACAGUGAAACAGCUCUGUGGUGACUGGUUCCCAAUCGAGUACCCUGACUCAUGGUACCGAGAUAUCACUUCCAACAAGAAGUUUUUUUCCCUCGCAGCCACAUACAGAGGCUCCAUCGUGGGAAUGAUAGUAGCAGAGAUCAAGAGCAGAACAAAGGUGCAUAAAGAGGAUGGAGACAUCCUAGCUUCCAGUUUUCCUGUGGACACUCAAGUUGCUUACAUCCUAAGUCUUGGUGUGGUGAAGGAGUUCAGGAAACAUGGAAUAGGUUCUCUCUUGCUUGAAAGUUUAAAAGACCAUAUAUCAACAACUGCCCAAGAUCACUGCAAAGCCAUCUACCUGCACGUCCUUACCACUAACAACACAGCAAUAAACUUCUACGAAAACAGAGACUUUAAGCAGCACCACUAUCUGCCCUAUUACUAUUCCAUAAGAGGGGUCCUCAAAGAUGGCUUCACCUACGUUCUGUACAUCAAUGGUGGACAUCCACCCUGGACAAUCUUUGACUACCUACAGCACAUUGGAUCAACACUAGCCAGUCUGAGCCCGUGCUCAAUUCCCCAGAGGAUAUAUCGACAAGCCCAGAGCCUUCUCUGCAGCCUUCUGCCGUGGUCUGGCAUUUCUGCCAAGAGUGGCAUUGAAUAUAGCCGGACGAUGUGACUUGAUCAGCAGAUGUACAAAAACCAAAGGAUUGUUCUUCCUUCCACCUCCCGAACCAUCCGGCUCUGCACUGAUUCCAGAGAUGAUGGCUCUUGGUCAGUGACCCAGCCCCCUGAAAAGGACUCCUUAUUCCACAGAUUGACCAAGAUUUGGCAGACUUUGCACUCAACCGGCUGCAGCCCCGACCUACCCCCGUGGGCUGGGGUCUGCGAGUGCUGCCUGGGCAGGCCUGGCUCUCGUGCGAGGCAGCUGGCGGUGCCGAGGGCCUUCUGCGUCACCGGUGUGCGUGUGCGUGUUGCACUGCCCCUGCCACUUCCCUUCCUCUGGACGGUUUGCUUGUACUCGUAUACAUGACGUGGAGGGGUUCAGUUGCUGCUUCCAUGCCAUGGCUACACACGGCAGCGUGAAUGAGGGGAGUGAAUCUGCACUGAGCAACCACCUAAAUGAGCUGUAAGCACCCUGGCAGGCCCCUGCUGCCAGAAGCCGCAGUCUGCCCUGGUGGAGGGGGAAGUGAGGAGCUGGGCGGCAGCUUCUGGGUCCUGCUUCCUGCCCCCUGGCAGGGACUGCGGGGAGGGCACGUGCCUCGCUUGAGAAACAAGCCCAGCCCUCUGGCGUGACGUAAAAAAGAAGCACCUAAUUCAGGAUGCAUCAAGUAGAAGGCAGGGAAUGAAAUUGCUAUUUCAUAGUGAAAUAUAUAUUAUACUGUAUAGAU